AAAUUUAAAAUCAAAGAAGAAGAAGACUAACCAAUAAAAUACCACAACCUCAAUUUUUCAGAUAUUCAAAAUACUGUCAUAACAGUAUUAUUUCACAUCAGUCGCUAUAUAUUAAUUAAUAUGGUUCCAACAAAGGUCGAGAAAACAAAAAAGUCGUGGAGUGAGUUAAAUAAAACUAAAAAGGAAGAGAAAAAAAAAUGGAAAGAAAACAAUAUGCUUAAAAAGAUGGAUAAGCAAAAAUUAGUAGAAACUUUAGAAGCAGAAACUGAAGAAGCGGCGAAGGUUGAAGAAAUUAUAAAAAAGGAAGAAAUUAAGCCUGUAUCCACCCUAUCAAUUGCUGUAGCAGGUUCAAUUUUAGAAAAUGCUCAAUCACCUGAACUAAGAACAUACUUGGCAGGACAAAUUGCUAGGGCUGCUUGUAUAUUUCAAGUUGACGAAAUCGUCGUUUUCGAUGAUUUUUCUGAUGAGGCCAAUGCCAAGAAAUCUACGCUACAGGAUAAUCAAGGAAUUAAAACAGCCAGAAUAUGUUGUACACAAUUGGGAAGAAUUUUACAGUAUUUAGAAUGCCCACAAUAUUUAAGAAAGUGUUUUUUUCCUAUUCAUAAGGAUCUUAAAUUUUCUGGUAUUUUGAACCCACUUAAUGCACCUCAUCAUUUAAGUGUACAUGAUGAAUUCAUGUUUAGAGAGGGUGUUGUAACAAAUAAACCUGUGAAAGCUGGAAAAGGUUCAUUGGUAAAUGUUGGUUUGUACAAGGAUUGUCAGGUGGAUAAAUUAUUAACUACAGGGAUAAGAUGUACAGUAAAAUUAUUACCACAAGAAACUGAAGCAAAAAAAUUACAAGGUGUUGUGGUUUCACCUGAUACACCAAGAAAUGAAACUGGAACAUAUUGGGGUUAUUCAGUCAGAAUUGCCAAUUCUUUGUCACAAGUGUUUUCACAAUGUACCUACAAAAAUGGUUAUGAUUUAACUAUUGGAACUUCAGACAAAGGAACUUCAGUGGAUGAUUUUGAAUGCCCAUCCUAUGAGCAUGCAUUAAUUAUGUUUGGAGGCUUACAGGGUUUGGAAGCUGCCCUUGAAAAUGACAUUUCUCUAAAUGCAGAAGAUCCAAAGCUCCUUUUUGAUGUUUACUUAAAUACAUUACCUGAGCAAGGUUCAAAAACAAUUAGAACGGAAGAAGCAAUUUUAGUUUCAUUAGCUGGAUUACGACCCAAACUAAACCCACAAGUUGGACCAAAAUCAUUUUUUGAAUAAAUUAAGGUUUAUUAUUUUAUAUUUAUUU